AUGUCCCGCACCUGCGCAUUCUCUGCGCGACACAGCGUUGCAUACGCGCGCGAUUCACACACGACGGACAUUCACGCGACCGACGCGGGUAUUCAGCGGCGCGCCCACUCGGUGCGCAUACAAAUAUGCGCGCGCGCGCCAGCGGGCUUAGACGCGGCGAGGCGAGCCAAGACACAUGGACACGCGUUUGGCGAAGCGCAGGCGGAGACACAGGAGGAGGAGGAGGAGGAGAGAGGAGAGAUCGGCGUGGGCGGAGGAGGUCGCUACGGCGCGGGAAGUGACAGCUCUGUGCGGCCCGGAGGGGCUCGUGGAGAAACGGCGUGUAAACAGGAAGAAGAAGAAGAAGAAGAAGAAGAAGAAGAAGAAGAAGAGGGAGGGAAGGAGAAAAAGGUUGAGAUGGAGGAAACAAAAGGUUAUAUCAACUCUGCAGAAAUAAGAGUUUCAACCAUCGCUACAAGAAUGAGUAGAAACCUUGAAGAUGUGUAUUCCAAGAUGGAACAGAUGGAAUCUAGAAUAUCUCGCAUCGAAGAAUCAGUCAACAAAAUACAUAAACUCUUUCUGCGUAAUGAGGAUGCCCCUUUCCCGAGAGAAAUAUGCAAAUCUUGCAGCGCAUCUGGGUUCCCAGCUAGUCCCCCUCCGUCGCCUCUCGACAUGGCGACGCUUGGGGACGCGGAGGGCCUUCGCUGGUUGCUACAAAUCCACGGCGCCAAAUCUCUCAUCCUCUCCCAGCUCACCGCCAACGGCGACUCUGUGCUACACGUAGCUGCUGCGCAAGGGCACCUACAAGUUGUCAGCGCCAUCUUAGAGAUCAUAGAAUUUACCGUGCUCUUGAACUCCAGUGGCCAGCAUGGGCGUACUCCUCUCCACUGCGCAGCUAAUGAGGGUCAUUUGGAAGUCACCGCACGCCUCCUGAACGCCGGAGCGACGAUCGACGAGUUGGAUCACGACGGAGCUACCCCGUUGAUUCUCGCGGUGGAAAAGGGAUUCAUGGACGUAGCAUAUCUGCUUUUGCAUCGCGGCGCUCGACCCAAGCUAUCAAUCAGUACAGCAGUUACAAAGGGUCAGUUGCGAUCAGUCAAAUUCUUGUUGCAGCAAAAUUGUGUUUCCGCGAACGCUUGCAACGAGAAAGGAGAGACCCUUUUGGUUCAAGCAGCGGAAACCGAACGCUGGGAAAUGGUGGAGCUGCUCUUGGAGAGCGGCGCUUCCGCCACGAAGAGCAACGAUCCGAGAAAGUGCGCGCUGAUGUUGGCUGCCAGGAGCGGCCACCUGGCUUCCGUGCGUCGGAUCCUGAGCGCCGGAGCCGCCUCCAACCUGGAGCAAGUGAAGCUGGCGUUGAGCGUGGCCCAAACGGCGCAGGUCGUCUCCAUUUUCGAAGACGCGGUUCCAUCGGUGGUGCAAGGGCCCGCGGGCGUUUUCGCCUUGGUGACCGCCGGCGCCGACGGCCGCCUGGGCACGCUGGUGGCGCUGCUGGAGUCGGGGGUGGGGGUGGACGUCUACACCUGGGAUAGACGCACGGCGCUGUGGCACGCGGCUGCCAACGGGCACGCGGAGUGCGUGAGAGAACUGCUCGCCCGCGGGGCGCUGGUUGACGCGCGUGACUACAACGGGGACACGCCGCUUCACAGAGCGUCCUUCUUCACGAGGGCGGAGUGCGUGAGAGCGCUCGUGGUCGCCGGCGCGAACGCUUCCUUGAAGAACAAGCAAGGGAAGACGCCGUUGGAGAUGACUAAAGUCGAGGACGUUCGACGAAUAAUUGUUGGGCAGGUGGCCGUUGGCGGCGGCCACCAGCAGCGCCGUGUGGUCCACGUCGUCGCGCGCGUCGGCGGGCACGCCGGCCUCGAGCAGCGCCGCCAGGGGCUCGUGGCGGCCGUGCUCGGCGGCGCGCAGCAGCCCCCAGCGGCCGGCGUCGCCGCGCACCGCCUCCGGCACCGCGUCCACGAACGCCCACACCACCGCCGCGCUCUUGGCGCACUGCGCACGGGAGGGGAGGCGGAGACGAAAGGAAUGAAGGAAAGGAAGAAGCGAUGA